AUGGACAUCUUUGAGAUAUUGUCUGAAACCGGAUCAACCUAUGAAUCCGGCAAAGAUGCACUCACCAAGUACUUUGAGCCUCGUAAGAACAUCGAAUAUGAGCGAUUUGUCUUUCGUGAGGCCAAACAGUUGCACAAUGAAACUGUCGCAGACUAUGCAACCCGCCUCCAACAGCUAGCCAGAAACUGUGAGUUCCACGACAAGGACACUGAAGUGAAAUCUCAGAUUAUCCAUGGCUGUAAAUCGUCAAAGUUGAGACGCCAUGCCCUCCGUGAAUCUGAGCUAAUCCUCGUAAAGCUUCUAACGACUGCUAGAACUUACGAUCUGUCUGAGGUGCAAGCCAAUGGCAUGGAACAACACACACAACCAAGCCGCGACUCAACCAACCGCGUGACUACUACAAAGUCCCACACGCGAAAUCGCGAGUCGAUCAAAGGUCCACAUGCCCUAAACCCAGACACUCUGUACCCUGUCGGAACUGCGGAGAGAUUGCGGGCACAUUCAAAAACCGCCGUUGCCUACGAAACCUCGCACGUGAACUCCACGUUCUUUGUCACCAAAACAACUAAGGACACACUGAUCAGCUUCAUUCACGUGAUCAUUCACGUGGCGUACAAUCUUCAACCCGAUGAUCCCCCAAAGCUUGCAGACAAGCUUAUGAACCAGUACGCAGACCGUUUUACAGGCAUCGGCAUGUUGAAGAACAUUCAAUGCAAGCUGCACGAGGACAAGACAGUCCAACUAAUCGCCCUGCCUCAUUGCCGUAUCCCCUAUCAUGUCAGGAAGAAAGUCGAGAACGAACUGGAAAAACUGCUUUGCCUUGACAUCAUUGCGCAAGUACGCAAUGAGCCUACCUCAUGGGUUCCACCCAUCCACGUGGUCGAAAAGCCUCAUCGACCAGGUGAGAUUCGCAUGUGCGUGGAUAUGCGAAAUGUGAACACCGCCAUCAAGCGCGAGCGUCACAUUACACCGACCAUCGACGUUAUCCUUGCCCAAGUCAACGGAUCCACCGUCUUCAGUAAAUUUGACGUAAAUGCGGGUUACCAUCAAGUAGAGCUAGCCCCCGAGUCUCGCCAUCUGACCGUGUUUUCAACACACAAAGGCCUGUUCUGUUACAAGCGUUUAAACUUCGGUGUUUGCUCUGCAGCCGAAGUUUUCCAGGAUGCCAUCUCCUCCGCGCUCCGCGGCCUCGCAGGCACACUCAACAUCAGCGACGACAUCUUAGUGUUUGGCCGCACACAACAGGAACGCGACGCACGCCUCGCAGCAUGUCUGCAACGCCUUCGCGAAUGUAACCCGACUCUGAACAAGGACAAGUGUCGCUUCGGCAAAUCACGCGUUGAAUACUCUGGACAUGUAUUCAGCUCCACUGGCAUCUCCCCCGACAAGAAGAAAGUAGAUGCAAUCCAAAAUGUGUCUGAACCUACCAACGCAAGUGAAGUACGCAGCUUCCUCGGAAUGAUCACCAACUUCAUCGUCAUCACGGAUCACAAACCGUUGGUCCCACUGUUUAACAACCCGCACAGUAACGCACCAACCCGCAUUGAACGCUGGUUGCUAAAGUUGCAAGAGUACAACUUCACCGUCGAGUAUCAGCAGGAAAAGUUGAACCCUGCAGACUAUAUGUCGCGACACCCCCACGAACAACCGCGAACCACCAGCAGAAAACAACGCCUUGCGGAAGAACACGUCAACUUUAUAUCCGCAAACGCUGUACCCGAGUUUGUCACUUUCGACACAAUCCGCACCGCCACUCGAAAAGACCCAGUUUUUCAAUCAGCCAUUGACGCGCUCACCACUCAUAGCUGGGACACGCUCCUGAAGAACCCCCACAGCCAACAGACUCUUGCCACACUCUAG